AGGUGUUCCAAUCCCUCCAUAUCAUGUGAUUCAGGUGUUCCAAUCCCCUCCCAAUCAUGUGAUUCAGGUGUUCCAAUCCCCUCCAUAUCGUGUGAUUCAGGUGUUCCAAUCCCCUCCAUAUCAUGUGAUUCGGGUGUUCCAAUCCCCUCCCAAUCAUCAGAUUCAGGUGUUUCAAUCCCCUCCAUAUCAUUUGAUACAGCAUACGCUAUAUUGCCGAAAAGUAUUGCCCCCCCCCCUCCAAAUCAUGUGAUUCAGGUGUUCCAAUCCCCUCCAUGGACACAGGUGUAUACAAUCAAGCCCCUAGGCAUGCAGACGGCUUCUACAAACAUUGGUGAAAGAAUGGGUCGCUCUCAGGAGCUCAGUGACUCCAAGCGUGGUCCCGUGAUAGGUGGUCACCUGGGCAAUAAGUCCAUCCGUGACAUUUCCUGGCUACUAAAUAUUCCACGCUCAACUGUUAGUGGGAUU